CAAUUAAUCGAGGCACCCGUGUGCUGUGACUCCGGCAAGACUCCGGGUCCUCGCCGAAGCGGGCACAUCGGCGUGUUCCCGUGGUGCUGCCCACCUCCUGGCAGGCGGCAUAACCGGUUGAUCUGGCCGACGUUGGCCCUGAGGACGUGCUACUAUGUUCACCCGUCGUUGAUGACUGGACACAGCUCCGGAUGUUCGAAGGGGCACCGUCGAGCUCAAGCGGAAAACUCAGGACAAUACAAUCCACAAGCGUCCCGAACACUUUCACGGGAUGUCCAAAAGAAGAAACCCGAAGCUGGAGAUGCGAAGGGUGACAUAGGCCGAAGCUACCUGGUAUCUAGGUACCCACGAGAAGUCCCAGCGACAUCGCUGCGGCCAAGCGCUCCAGAAAACCCCACGCGGUGGAAAGCAUUAGAAGAAUAAUGUGACCUGCGGGUAUUCUAGGCUUUCUGUUCUCCUGUCGGCCCUACUCGCACCGAAGUGCAUGUGUGGGAGGGUGUGUGUCUCAUCUCACGAUGGCCCCUCGAGACACAAGCGGCAAAUGGCUGAAUGGAAAAAGCCAUACUGGCCCAAUGAAGCCCAGUCUCUCCACGAGUUCAUCAGCUAAGCCCCACCUAAACAAAGCUUUGAGAGCGGUCAUUUCCCCGCAUUGAUUCUUGAAGAAGCGAGGGAGAGGCAGGCGGCAGACACAAGGACUCCCCCAGGUCUUAUAUAUCCCACUUUUCCCCUACCACGCUCCCUCUGAAGGUCUCAGGUCUCAUAUCCUGUCUAGAAACUAUACGACGAGCCAUUCAAGAUGUCUGCAAAGCAUUUCAUCGACGACCCGACUCACCUCGUCCAGACUUCUCUCCACAGCUUGACCCUCACAAAUCCUUCCGUCGCCUUCGACGCGCAAAAUCGAAUCGUAUAUCGGCGGCCGACAAAGGAGUUGACAGACAAUCCAAAAGUUUCCAUCAUCACUGGUGGAGGCUCUGGCCAUGAACCGGCAUUUGCAGGGUUUGUAGGAAAGGGCUUCGUUACGGCCGCUGUCGCAGGCACUAUUUUCGCGAGUCCUUCCGCCGAGCAAGUUCGCCGUGCUGCUCUUACAAGAGUUCCUACGGAGAAAGGAGUGGCGAUAGUCACUUUCAAUUAUACCGGAGAUGUUUUGAAUUUUGGCAUGGCUGCCGAGAAGGCAAAGGCCGCCGGAGUUGACACCGAGUUCUAUGCAAUUGGCGACGAUGUGGGCGUUGGCCGGGCAAAAGGAGGCAAAGUCGGAAGGAGAGGCAUUGGUGGCUCUAUCUUGGUUCUAAAGAUAAUAGGAGCUCUCGCCGAAGCCGGUGGAAGUUUGAAAGAGGUCUACAGCCUUACCAAACAAGUUGCCGGAAACCUGGUCUCUGUCGGAGCGUCGAUGGAACAUGUCCACGUUCCUGGACGAGAGAAACCUGACCCAAACUCUGAUGAGAUCAUACCAACAGAGGAGAUCGAAAUCGGCAUGGGCAUUCACAACGAACCGGGCAGUCAUCGUGUCUCCGCAACACUACCUGAGCUCAUCAAGACUAUGCUGGCGCAGAUGCUGGAUCCCAAUGACAAGGACAGACACUAUGUUGACAUUACGAAGAACGACAAGACCGUCCUGCUAAUAAAUAACCUGGGUGGUGUCAGCAAUCUAGAAAUAGGUGGCAUCUUAGCUGAGGUGCACAAACAACUGAAAGAAGACUGGGGCAUUGUUCCUGUCCGAGUCAUUGCUGGUACCUUCAUCACCUCGCUUAACGGCUUGGGAUUCUCGGCCUCCAUACUAAAGCUGGAGGACACCGGUCUCGGACCAGGCAAGUCAAUGCUCGAACUUCUCGACGCCCCAGCGGAGGCCUUCGGAUGGGCCGCCGCUACUCGGACGUCGACUUGGGAAGCUGAUAACAGUGCAACUAUGGAGGGUCACGCUGCGGUCACGGCAGAAGGCAAAUCUUCCAAUCUGAAACUCGACCCCAAGAAAGCACAUGCAACCCUCAAGUCCGGUCUGGACAAGAUGAUCGCGGCAGAGGCUGAAGUCACCAAGUACGACACGAUCAUUGGAGACGGCGACUGCGGAAUCGGUCUGAAGCGAGGAGCUGAAGCUGUUCUCAAGGAGCUCUCAUCUGGUGAGCUACCUGCCGACGCUGUUGCCUUCGUCAAUAAAAUUACACCCGUGGUUGAAAACACUAUGGACGGCACGUCGGGUGCCAUCUACGCCAUCUUCCUCAACGCGUUGGCUCACGGACUCCGAGAACAAGAUACUGGAUCUUCAACGACGGUGGAUGCGAAGGUCUGGGCCGCAGCCCUCAAGUCCAGCCUUCAAGCGCUGAGUAAAUAUACGCCAGCAGUGCCCGGUGACAGGACGCUGAUGGACGCGCUUGUGCCUUUUGUUGACACGCUGAGCAGCACAGGAGAUGUGAAUAAGGCGGCCGAGGCGGCCAAAGAAGGCGCCGAGAAGACCAAGAGCAUGAAGGCGAGCUUAGGAAGAGCUGUGUACGUCGGUGCAGAGGAUGAGUGGAUGGGCAAGAUCCCAGAUCCAGGAGCGUGGGGUUUGCAAGAAUUUUUGAUCGGGCUGGCUGGUGCCUGUUAGAUGGUGUUGCUGCACAUACACAGGCCUCGUCGUCCGCGCCAUAGUGCGUUGACGUCCUUCCUCUAUCAGACCUUCCAAAAGAAAAAAACCAAAUCGCAAUUUCCACGUAGGCAGCUAUUUGGGACCAAAUAGCGCGAAAAAAAAUAAACCAUUUUCUUGCUCG